GACAAUCGGCCGGGGAUUCUAUUUCACUUUCUGGGGCUGUUUGUCUUGAACCCCAUCCACCUCCGCAGUCACUACUCGCCUUCACCGCGACCACUGCUCGCCAUGGCUUCUCGGAGAGCAAUGCUGCCGCUGCGCAGUCUGCUCAACAGGCAAUGCGCCGGCUCCCUCCGCCAGCAACAACGGGCAUCCAGCUCCUCGUCGACUCAGGCGCUGGCUUACAAGGCCCUUCACCGUCGCAUCGCGCCCCUUCCCACCGAAGACCGUCCCCCGGCGUGGUCUGCGCCCGCUGCCGUCAGCAACAUCCUCUACGAAACCCCACUCCCAUCCCAAGCUCCGCCCAAGAGCCACAUCCUCAACUGUUUGGUACAGAACGAGCCCGGUGUGCUGUCCCGCGUAUCCGGUAUCUUGGCUGCCCGUGGCUUCAACAUCGACAGUUUGGUUGUCUGCAACACCGAGGUAGACGACCUCUCCCGAAUGACAAUUGUGUUGCAAGGACAGGAUGGUGUCAUAGAACAAGCCCGCCGCCAGCUCGAGGACCUGGUCCCAGUAUGGGCUGUGCUUGACUAUACCCAGUCGCCUCUCGUCCAGCGCGAACUGCUCCUAGCCAAGGUCUCGAUUCUCGGCCCGGAAUACUUCGAAGAGCUGCUUGCGCAUCACCGCGAAAUGGCUCAGACCCCGGAGAUGGAGGAGCAAUACGAACCAGACAUGACAGAUGAGGAACGGAAUGCAAUGGCACAGGAGGCUGCUCGCGAGUCCCUGCGGAAGGACUACCACCCGACAAACCUGCCCGUCAGUCAAGCACUCCGACACAAGCACGAGCAUUUGCGCGCCAUCACCUUCAUGACUCAUCAGUUCGGUGGAAAGGUGCUCGACAUCAGCACAAACAACUGCAUAGUAGAGGUUUCCGCGAAGCCUACCAGGAUUGACUCCUUCAUGAAGCUGAUUGCUCCAUUUGGCAUCCUGGAGUCUGCAAGAACUGGCCUCAUGGCUCUACCGCGUUCCCCGCUACACAACACUGCCGACGUGGAAGAAAUGGAGGCGCAGGAUGUUGUCGACAACAGUCUGCUUCCUCCAGGUUAAACGUCUUGAAGUGCGGGCGGUACCAAGUUUGUUCAGUGUCAACAUAUGCGGGCGUUUAAUCUACGUGUAUAGUAUGGCGUUCAAUCAAGGCAGAAGACGGCAUUCCAAGUCGGAACGCUUCAUUGAUUUGAGACCAAACACCCUCUUCUUCGACACAACGUGAGACGUACUACGCGUGAUGUAUACAUAGCCUGCACGGCCUACCCCAGGUCCUGCCCCACAACAGAAUCCAGUCGUUCGAGUAUGUUAUAGCGCAUGACAGGUGAACAGGUACCGCUGCGGGGUCCGCGGACGCCUCGUACGAGCGAGCGACUGGUCGGAUGGAGCUAGCGACGUCUACUACGUACCAAAGAUACCAUGCCCAGCCGGCUCAUAAUGUACAAAAUAUCGGACCGGAGCACUGAAAAUUCGGACCGACCCCAUC